AUGCUAGAAAAAAUACCGGAUAUAAAAUAUCAAACUGCAAGACUUAUAAACAGCAGGCACUCCAAAAGUAGAACUGAGUCCAAUGAACACAUCCCACUGUCUAUCAAGCUUGGCAUCCCUACCCUUAAAUUCAAGAAUAAGUCGCAGCCGGCCUCUCCAGAAGUCACGAAUAGAAUCCACAAUCUCAUGUCUUCUGAUCGAUAUAAAGAGGUCGAGCUUUUUGUCACUAAAAGGUUCACAAAAGAUAUUUCACAUAUUCAUGAUAGCUAUAAGCCUCCGAGCACUGAAAGAGGGCAAGAGCAAAAACUGAGCUUUCUUGAGCCAAUCCAGGCAGAAACAAUUUUGCCUACUAGUCUAGAUAAAUUAAAAUGCUACAUUAGCAAUUCACCUUUGUACGGAUUUGCCUUUCAAGAAAACAAAUGCAAUGAUUCUACGUCGGCAAAGCUGGCAAAAAGCUUACUCCCCCCCCCCCCUUUAAAUUGGAACUAAAAAUUUUGUUCCAAUUUAAAGAGGGGUUAAUUUUUUUUUUUAAAAAAUAUCAAUAUAAAAUUUUUUAUAAAAAAAUAUAAAAAUUUAAAAAAAAAAACAUUUCAAAAACUUAUUGAAUUAGAUCAAUAAAUUUGUUUAAUAAAACGCUAUUUACUCUUUAUCCUUUAAAACAAAGCAAGAUAUAACUAAAUUUUCAUUAUUAGUUAAUACGCCACUAUUAAUUGGUAUCAAAAUUAUUUACACAAAAAUUUAUUAUUUUUAUUGAUAAAAAAAAUUAAAAAAAACAAAAUUUUGGAAAAUUUAUCGAUCAAAGUGCUAAUUUUGUUUAAAUAAGAUGCUAUUUAUACUCUAUUCUUUAAAAUAAAGCAAGAAAUAAGUAAAUUUUGAAAUUUUAUAAAGAAUUCCUAUUGAAUUUAUAUCAAAACUAUCCAAAUAAAAAAUAUCAUUUUUAUCAAAAAAAAACCAAAAUGUUUUUGAAAAUUUUUAAAAAAAAAAAAAUUAAUUUUUUUUAAAAUUUACCAAUUAAGGAUAAUAAUUUAUUUAAAAUAAGAUGCUCUUUAUACUUUUUUCUUUAAAAAAGAGCAAAGAUAUAAAUAAAUUUUUAAUUUUAGUUAAGAAGAAACAUUUAACUUAUAUCAAAAACUUUUUAGAUAAAAAUUAUAUAUAAUUUUUUAUUAUAAAAAUUAAAUUUUGUUCCAAUUUAAAGGGGGGUUAAUUUACCAAAAAAGUCGAAAUUUUACCGAUAUUUUGUUCCAAUUUAAAGGGGGGGAGUUAGAAAAAUCACCUCCAUCACUUGGGAAACCAACAGGGAAACAAGAUAUUGAGAAUUUGAAAAGAUGGCUCGAUUAUAUGCAGGAAAAGAAUAUUCCAAAUCUUCAUAGUAUAAUUAGUCAAAAUGAAAGCAUUGAAAAAGAAAAAGAAGAAAUAAUCGAAACUGUCUAUAUGGCUGCUUUGAAAGAAAUCAUCAGGCAAGUUUCUGUCUAUUGCUCUUUAAGAGGGUCUUUGCUAAAGUCUACCAUUGAAGUCCUCAGUUUUCUAUGGAAAAGUUCAGCAAAUACGCUGAAAAAGCAAAUAGAGACUGAAAGAUCAGUAUUUUCCAAAAAAUUGUCAGAUUUGCAUUAUAAGGCAGCAAAAAGGAAAGCUAAAUUGCAAGUGAAGUUAAAAGCAAGCAAAAAGGAAAACGACGAUUUGCAAAAGCGACAAAACAGUCUUGAAGAAGAAAUUUCACAGCUGAACAGGUUUAUUUCGAGGUUCAAGAAUGAGCUUGUCAGAAAGCAAGAACAAAUGCUGUCGUCGAAGAGAAAAUUAUUAUCAAGCCAAGACUCUAUGCAUGAGCGAGUUUUUAUUAAUAGAAUUCUUUCAGAAGAUGUUAAAAGGACAUCUGUUCACUACACCCAAACGGAUAUAGAACUUGUAAAGAAUAAGGAAACAAAAGAAAAAGCAACAGAAACUGAUGAUAUUGAUAAAGAUCCUGAACAAAUACAAAACGAAAUUGAAAAUAAAGUACAUGAAAAUUUUGAUAAAGAUAUUCCAAAGAUUCAAAUAAUUGGAGAGCUCGACCAUCCAUCAAUUAUCAACUCGAUGAGCAAUAAUUCAAGUUUUGAUUUAAACUCAAGUGGAGAAAACUCUAUCCAUGAUAUAGAAACUGCACAAGCUAAUAAUUUAGAAAGCAAUAGUAUUAAAAGCAGCCAAGAAAAUCAUACUUCUGUCCAUGAUGAAAAAGAACAAAGUAAUGAGGGAAACGUUCAAGAUGGAGAAAACUGGGAGGAACGAUUAUUUAUUGAUCAAUCAGUCCAGUGGGAAGAAAUUCCUGAUGAGUAUGGAGACGAAAUUGUUGAAAUAGAACAGGAAAACUCAAUAACGUCAAACGGGGAAGAAGAUGAAGAAAAUAGUAUACCAAGCGAAGAGCACGUCGCAUACGCUGAAGAAAUGAAUAUAAAAAACAUAGGAGAAGAUUCCCCGAUUGCUGAAAAAGAGAUUUCUGGGACUCUAGACAGGCUCGAUUUCUUUCAAGGCCUCAACUAUAGCAACUUAAUCUGCAAAGAAGCUCCAGAAGGCGUGGACCAAGAAGUAUGAAAAGAAGGGUACAAAGCUGGCUUUGAGGCUUGCCUAAAGCAAAAGAACCUUGAUCUUUAUUGCGAUAGCAAAACUCAGCUGAGCAGUGUCCCUGAUGAUAAUCUGCCGAGGCCAACUUUUUCUACCCAGCACUUAGGUGAUGAAUUUUCUCUGCCAGCAACAAACGAAAUACUUGAGUCUCGUGCUAGGUCACAAAGAAAGCCAAGCAGGAAAAAAGAAACCAGGUUCGCCGAAUUUCAGGUAGGGAAACGCGAAGUAAGGACAGUCAGUGUUCGAAGGGCAAGCGAGAGCACCCAAAUUUUCAAAAAAUUCAUCAUAAAAGAUUUCGAAAAAAUAAAAAAAUUCGCGAAUAUGGCCAAAAAAGUGCUUUUAAGGACUAUUUUUACGAUUUUUAACGGAGCUUCAAAGAUGGUCGGUAACGAAGGUUUUGAUCUUUUAGAGUACAUUUACGAAGAGCUGCUGUUUAAGUUUAGUAUGAAACAAAUUACUGAGAGAAAAGUAAAAGAAAUCCUAGCAAGCUCUUUAGUACACAAGCAUUUGGCAAGGGCGAAACUGCUAAUAAGAUGCCUUGGAAGUGGAAUUCAAGAAGGUUUAAAAGAAUACUCAAAGGAAACAGUAAUAUUUUGCCUUGAAGCUUAUUAUUUCAUGCUAAAUAAACAAAUAGGUAUUAUUACUGGAAAUGAUGAUACUGGGGAGCCUACCUUUUAUCCUAAAGCUAGAGCUGACGAAUGCAUUAAAGAAAAACUUGAACCAAUUUUAUCUCGAGUUAACCUCCAAAAAGUCUAUGCCGCUACUGAAAAAAUCUCAAUUAAAGAUCCCAAGAAAAUCAAUAAAAAUGUACUAGACUUAGACGAAUUUAUUUAUAUUUUAUGUGAAGCAUAUGAACAAUAUAGAGAAGAAACAGUCCAAGGAGUUAAUAUGGCUAUCAGUUCUAUUCUUAAAAAUGACUGUUUAUUAAAGACUGAGCUUCUCAUGAUCGUAAGAAAUAUUAUGCCACAUAAGCUGGGGUUAAUAAAACUUGAAGACACAGCUAUAUGAAAUUCAAGCAAAAUCCUGAAUUUAUGCUUGAAAAAAGGAAUUUUAAACGUAAAUUAAACUAAAUUAAAUUGCUGCGUUGUUCAAAGUCGGCUGAGAUGUUCCAGCUUUGCAAGCUCAGCAGCUCUUGAGGAGCUGCUUGCUGGCAUGACUGACUUCCCUAGGCUUCUUCAUGUUUGACUUGCUCCCCGGGGCGUCCAUUCGCUAUAACCUGGAGCCUGUGGAAUAACUCCCAGCUUCAUGCUGAGCACCUACUAUAGGGAUGAUCCCAAUCUCAGGGACAAUAGCCGACUCUGCUCUAUCCAACUCCAUGUCAGGAGGAAACAUCCUAUGUCCCAAGUAUCAUACUCUGUGUCACGAGAAAGACCUCUAUAUGAUGCAUUAAGGAUUUCGCACCUGUUUCUCGACCUAUUCCUCAGGCAUUGCCUGCAGGUGUUGAGGAAAUUGCGUCAAGAGGUUGGUGGUCGCCUCCGUCAUAUUAAUGCAUAAUUUUAGCGUAAAUGAAGUGACUUAUUUUAAUGAAGCUUCUUGAGCAUUUGGAAGUGACGAAGAUAUGAUAGAAAAGAUCGAAGAAUUUAUCCAGAAGAUAAAUAUAGAUAUAAUAGCAAAGGCAAAUAAUCUAAGCCUCGAAGAAUGAAGAGAAAAAAUAAGGGAGUAUAAGAAUACCAAUAAUAGAUUUCUGCUUCAUCUUUUAGUAGCUAGAUUAGAUUAAUUAAAUUAGAAUGGGUCUUUGGGGUUAAUUUCUGCCUCUCCACCUUCCCGGCCUUUAAUCCUCGUCUAAGCAUCGGUUUGCACUCGCACCCUUUUCUGCCGACGUCACCAAAAAAUGGUGACGUAGCCAGCUCUCAGGGAGACGCACCCAGGUAUUCCCUUGGACAACUCCUAGUAGUCGACAUAAUAUAUCUGGGGAUGGCAGAUAGGAUAUGACCCUGAAUCCUCAAUCUGGUCCCAAUACCAUUCGCAUCUAAAAGUGUGGAGUUGCCACAUGGACUUUGAUUCCUUGCUGAUGGUACAGAGUAAAAAGCCCUAUCGUAGGGGUCCGGCCAGGGCGAAAAAAAAAGGACGCAAGUUCCAGGCCCCGGCCCUCUUAGACCCAAAAAACUCUAGGGUACGGGAUGUAUACGGGUCUGAUAAAUCGCUAUUUUAUUUGUGUCCUUUAGUAGAAGAAGCAAAGUUCUUGGCGUACAUCAGCGGGAUGCACCUUUUUGAAGGAUAA